AGGAGUUUCACCACAAUUAAACCAAUGUAAAAGUGGAAGGCAGCGUCAAUCUUUCCAGCAAAGUCAGGUUUUGCAUGUAAAAAAAAAGAAAGAAAGAAAGAGAAAACAACUGGGAUACAUAUAUAUAUAUAUAUAUAUAUAUAUCCCUUUAAUCGUCUAAAUUUUUGGAGAAUUUUGAGGACCUGCGUAUUUCUGACCCGAAGGUUAUAUAAAUGUUGUAAAUGGCGAGCGACAACUCUUCAUUCUCAAUACAUAACAUUCUGAAUCGAGGGCUUGAUUCUCACAGAAAUAAUCGACUCUCCCGGGAAUACAGCGACGAACUUGUAAAGGCAGAGCUUCUCGGGAGGGUAGAGGGAAUAAGUUGUCCCGGAUCCGCUCAGUGUCAGGGCGGGAGUGAGGAUGGAAGCAGACAGGGAAGAAUCGUGUACGGACACAGCAGGCUCGCUCCUUGCGCACUCGACCUUGAUACAUCAUCGGACAGACAGUCCUGUGGAGAGGAGUCUACAGGAGAGGAGACGUUGCAUACAGAAAACAGACAAAAUCUUGAUGUGCAUGUUCCAGAUCUGGAUCAAGAGAAGAGGGAGAGCUGUGCUUUCGCCGAUCAUCACCCGAAGGCCAGUAAGAAGCGGUGCCGCGCCGCUUUUUCGCACGCGCAGGUGUGUGAGCUGGAGCGCCGUUUUAACCUGCAGCGCUACCUGUCCGGCCCGGAGCGCGCGCACUUGGCAGGAGCGCUUAAACUCACCGAGACUCAGGUGAAGAUCUGGUUCCAGAACCGCAGAUACAAAACAAAACGGCGGCAGAUGGCGGCUGAGCUCGCAGCCACCUCGGCUUCCACGCUGGCCAAGCGGGUGGCAGUGAGGGUGCUAGUGAAGGACGACCAGAGGCAGUACGGAGCGGAUGAUUUUCUCCCGCCCCACUAUCUGCGCCUAUACCAGUCAUAUCAAUGCUGCCCUUACAUGUACUGCGUUCAGCCCUGGAUCUCGAACAGCGCGCUCAGUGGAAACCUGUACUGACCCUUUCCUCUGCUUUACACUCACCACACGCGACACGGGUUUUUAUUCGAAAUGAUUUUAGGACACACAAGAGCGCGAUUAAUUUUCUAAGUUAAAUGAUUGAUGAGACUACAAAUAUAUAACGACAUUGAUCGAUGGCUUUUGAUGUCGUUCUGAGAAAUGAAAGCAUAUUAAUAUGUAAUAUUUAAGAGAUGCAAGUAAGUGCCUAAGAUUUUAGUUUGUGACAGCUAGAAUAAUUGAUACAAUCGAUUUUUUAAAUGCAUUUAUUUCUAUCACCCUUGUUAACUAAUGGACUAAAGUCUAAUGAUCCGCUGUCAUGUAAAAAGUUUACUCUUGCACACUGUACCUCGACAUCCAAUUAACUGGGUUUUCAUGUUGGCUUAUUUGAAGUUUGACUUAGUUAACCAAUAAAUAAACAAAUUGCAGUGAAAUUCUGUUAAUUGUCACUUUAUAAUUUAGAUAAACACUGAAAAACAACACAACGAUUUACUUUUGUAUUAUGAUGAAAUUAUGAGUAAAAUAAACAGUGGAUUUUUUUUGGUCUUCAUAUGCGUUUGUGUUAUGGACAAGUAUUUAGUCUGAAUAGCUUACAUAUCCAAAAAUAAUGUUUAAAUCGUGUAAAAAUACAGAGUUUGCUCAUGAAUUUAAUAUAUCCGCUGAAUAAAUAAUAUGUCAUU